GCUUCACAAUAAAUGGGAAAAGUUUAUUUCUGAAUUUUAUACGCUUCGAAAUUCACUAGUAAUAGCUGAUUUUGAUCAUCAUUGGAUGAAGCUAAUGAAUAAAUACCCUGAGAUUCAAGGAUACUGUGAUCGACGGGUCGAAAGUAUAAACCAUGUUAUAAAAUUAGAGGCAAAUUCUGGAAAUUCUUUAUGUCAGCUUCAAGUCGGAAUUGAAUUACAGUUAAAAGAUGAAGCAAAAUAUGCAAGUCUACAGGAAUUUCAAAAUAUGAACCCAACAAGAGGUCUUCCUCAUGUUUCCAAUACAAUUUUUAAAAGCAUUGAUAACAUGUGUAAGAAAUACCUUAUGCCAAAUUCAUUAGCUUUACAGUGCAAGCAAAUGCUGGAAAGUCUUUUAUAUAGAGAAUCAAACUAUAAUGUAGGAUUCAUAGAAGAUGAUUAUGAUGAGCCACAGGUAUUAUUAGAUAUAGCUUUAGAGUAUUGUGCUGGAAGUAAUGUCAAUGAAAUAUGGGAGGUUAACUAUAUUCAAAGCACAACGAAUCAUUCGCAAUUUAUUUUAUUACUUGACGAUGUCCAAAAAAGCAUUCUUCAAUAUGAGAUAAUACAAAAUGAAAAUAAACCAUCUACUAGAACAUUUCAGAUAUUAGAAAGGAUUCAUGAUCAAGAAGUUAAUAAUAGAGUUGCUGUGGAAUUAGAAUCGAAAAAAGUUUCUUAUUGUCGUAGUUUGGGGUUUUGUAAAAAGGCUCUCAAUAUAGCAAUUACGAAUGAUUCUAAUAAGGCUUUGGAAAAUUUCUUGCAACAAUUUAUUGAUGAACAGAUUUUAUCACAAUGUCAAAACACAUAUGAACCAUCUGUGCAAGAAUUAGAUCAAAGGACCAAUGAUCUUAAAAUUUCAGACCCACUUCAACAUAAAGGUAAGGGCCAUCCUGCAAACAAAAGAUAUUUAUCUGCUAAUGAGAAUCAUGAUAUCAAGAACGUUGGCUUGAACCAUCAAGAUGAUGAAACAUUAGAAUCAGGAUCAAUGAAAAAAAACAAGCGGCAAUGUGCUAUGUGUAAGUUAUGGUAUCAUGAUUCUUGA